CCCCCCUCAUAGACACAACAGAAGAGCGCUAACUACCAAGCAAAGAUCAACGUGGAAGCUUUGAAGAUGAAAAUUGUCAUUGUAUCUAGUUUACUAGCCUUUACACUUUUGUGUAUGUCUCAAUGUUUUGUUCAGGGAGCAUUUAUGCCGGAGCAUCCACAGACAUCCUUUUGCAGGGCGGAUUUUGUCGUUCGAGUGAAAGUGCUGGGAAUGAUCAAAAGGGACGACGAGGUACCCACAACGCAAGCUUCAGCGGGUGAUAAGUUUACGCUUCCUCCCACGACUGAGACGCUUGUAGCGGAUACAGACGCCCCAGAAACGAAGACUGCUUCCCCUCCGAGGGUUCAGAAAAUUGGUGAUUUACCGCCACAGAGCAAUAACAGCGAUGUUGGGUCGCUUCUAGGUUUCAUCUUUGCCCGGCACAAGCGAAGUAUCGGGAUACGAGGUGCCCCACCUCCUGGAGGAGAAAUGCGGUACCGUCCAAUAGGCGGAAAAGGCCGCGACAAGGGAAUGAUGUACUAUGAUGUUCUAAUAAAGAAAAUCUUCAAGGGUGAAGACAGAGUGCGGAGAACCAAAAGAACUUUUGUUGAUGCCGCCAAUCCAUCUCGAUUGUUUGCAAGGAUUUACUUCUCCAGUCAUCACGGUCAGGACCUGGUACCGGGUGAUGCUUACAUGCUUUCUGGUAGAAUCAUGGGUAAUGAAUUGGUUCUCCCAUCGCGAGGCUGCUGGAUGCAAAAAUGGCGUGACCUGUCCAGAGAUCAAAUUCACGGUCUGAGUAAGGUCUAUGCGGAAAACUGCGAGUGCAUGAUCCAGUUUUGCAUUCCUGGUCGUUGUGCAUCUAUGCCUGAGUCUCAGUUGCGGUGUAACUGGGAAUUGCAAAACUUUAGGCAACCAAGAAGGGAUUGUGGAGCAAUGCACAACACAUGCGUCAAUAAACAUGGUCAAUGCCAGUGGAAAAUAGGCAAAGGAUAUGAUUCUUGUACAAAACCCUCGGAACCUCUCCCAUAAGACAGAAGACGGAAGGAUUUUCUCGGAGACUAAAGUACUUUCGGGAUCUUUCCCCGCACAGUUUUACGUCGCUGUUUUUGCGUAACAAGGACUUGUAGAGAGGAGACCGUGGACGCGACAAAGAAAUGGAUAAUAAACAAAGAACGCCAGUUAA